AUGGAUGCCAUUGAAGGAGAAGACGAUGUGAAUAUGGAAGAAGUAGUUGGGCGGCGAUUGUGGGCGGAUGAUGGAGCGGUUACUGCCCAGGGAAGGGAAAUUUCGAUCAAGUUGAAGUUGCAGACUUGCAGUCUUGUUCAUUGUUGUGGAUACAUAUUGAUAACUUCAAGUUGUGGAUACGGAUUGCUAAGUAACAUCAGAAGUGAAAAUAAUCAUGAAAAUUCUAAUGAUGUUGAAACUAAUGAUUUUGUUGAUAAUUCUAAAGGUCCAAUUGAAACUUCUAAUGAACCUAUUGAAAAUUUUAAUGAUCUUGAAAAUAAUGAUUUUAUUGAUAAAUCUAGUGAUAUUAAUAUUUUUGAUCCAAGAGUAUGGGAUAAGUUAGAUUUAAAAAUGAAAGAUUUGCUUGUAGAAAAAUGGCCUAUUAGGGAAAUUGAAAAUUACAAUUUUUUUCCAAAAGAUGCAUUAGGUAGACAUUUUUCUUGUGAAUUUUAUGUUCGUAAAUUAAGAAAUGGUGACUCUUAUGAUAGAAAGUGGUUGGUGUAUUCGAAAGAACUUGAUAAAGUGUUUUGUUUUUGUUCUGAAUAUAACUUGGCUUUUCGUGGAGCUAAUGAAAAAAUAUAUGAGAAAUCUAAUGAUUGCACUCCGGAUGCAAGUCGUAAAGAACAAAUGACUUCAAUUAUUAGAUGUGUUGAUGUUACAAGUGUUCCAAUAAAAGUUGAAGAGUUUUUUUUAGAGUUUUUAAUUGUAGAAGAUACAUCUGGUUUAGGACUUUUUAAUGUGUUACAAAAUGCUUUAAAAUCUCUUGACUUGGAUAUAAAUUGUAUCCGAGGACAAGGAUAUGAUAAUGGAGCAAAUAUGAAAGGCAAACAUCAAGGUGUACAAAAAAGACUACUUGAUAUAAACUCAAGAGCUUUUUAUAUGCCUUGUGGAUGUCAUAGUUUAAACCUAGUUUUGUGUGAUAUGGCAAAUUCUUGUCAUAAAGCUAAAUCUUUUUUUGGUACGUGUCAAACAAUAUAUAAUGUUUUUUCUAGCUCCACACAUAGAUGGAGUGUUUUACUUGAUCAUGUUGAUGAAUUAACCCUAAAAUCAUUAUCUACUACUCGUUGGGAAAGUCACAUUGAAAGUGUUAAAGCAAUAAAAACUCAACUUUUUGAAAUAAAAGAAGCAUUAACAAAAUUAGCUCAAGUGAGUGAUGAUGAAUUAAUUUGGGAAAAUGGGUUUAACUCUGCUAUUAAUGAGGCUAAAGAAAUAGCAGAAAAUAUUGGAGUUGAACCAAAAUUUCCUAUCAAACGUGUUCAUAGUAGAAAAAAACAAUUUGAUGAAAUUCCAAAUACCGAAAGAGAACAACAAUCUUCUCAAGAAAAUUUUAGAACUGAUUAUUUUAUUGUUAUAGUAGAUAUGGCUCUAAAUCAAUUGAGAAGUAGAUUUGAGCAAAUGCAACAUUUUGAAUCUAUUUUUGGAUUUUUGUUUGAUGGUUUAAAGUUAAAAUCCUUAUUUGAUGAUGAAUUAAAAAAAUGUUGUAAGAAACUUGAAACUAGUUUGACAAAUGGUGAAGACCUUGAUAUUGAUGGAAACGAUUUAUUUAUUGAGUUACAAGUUUUGCAGGAAAUGUUGUCGGAUGAAGCAUACAAAGGUGAACUUCCUUGGACAGCCAUUCAAAUUAUGGAGUUUGCAAAGGAAAUGGACAUGUUUCCCAAUGUGUUGGUGGCAUAUAGGAUUUUGUUGACGGUACCGGUCACGGUUGCUUCCGCGAAAAGAAGUUUUUCGAAAUUGAAGUUAUUGAAAUCAUAUCUUCGGAGUACCAUGACUCAAGAAAGAUUAAAUGGAUUAGCAAUUUUGAGUAUUGAAAGUCAAUUCCUACGAAGUUUUGAUUAUGAUAAAAUCAUAGAUGUUUUUGCUUCAAAAAAUGCAAGGAGGCAUCGUUUUAGAUAG